AAUGAACUUAUUUCAUAAACUAGCGGCAGCCACUGCAAAUUGCAAACACAGCCCGGGGCUCUACUCUACUCUCUUUCUACGACUAAGUGCUGAUUGUUACAUGAUACUCUGUUAAACUGUUAGGGUUUCAGCGUCUCGGAUAUGGCGCUGUUCCUUCUCUACGAGUCUGCUUCGGGCUACGCCCUUUUCGAGGCUCACGGCCUCGACGAAAUCGGUCAGAACACCGAAGCCGUUCGGAGCUCCGUUUCCGAUCUCAACCGCUUCGGUAAGGUCGUCAAGCUCCGCUCCUUUAACCCUUUCACCUCCGCCCUCGAUGCCCUCAAACAGUGCAACGCCGUCUCCGAAGGCAUAUUGACCGAUGAGCUGAGAACUGUCUUGGAGACUAACUUGCCUAAAGUGAAGGAAGGAAAGAAGGCCAAGUUCAGUUUGGGUGUUUCGGACCCUAAGAUUGGUUCUCAGAUAUCUGAAGUCACCAAAAUUCCCUGUCAAAGUAAUGAUUUUGUGAAUGAGCUGCUCCGUGGAGUGAGGCUCCAUUUCAAUAAGUUUGUUGGUGACCUCAAGCCUGGAGAUUUGGAGAAGGCACAACUUGGUCUGGGGCAUAGCUACAGCAGAGCCAAGGUGAAGUUCAAUGUUAAUCGGGUUGACAAUAUGGUCAUCCAAGCAAUCUUCCUUCUCGAUACACUUGAUAAGGACAUCAAUUCAUUCUCCAUGAGGGUCAGAGAAUGGUAUUCAUGGCAUUUUCCUGAACUGGUGAAGAUUGUGAAUGACAAUUAUCUUUAUGCGAAAGUUGCAAAAUAUAUUGAGGAUAAAGCAAAGUUGUCCGAAGACAAUAUUCCGGCUCUAACUGACAUAGUUGGAGAUGAAGAUAAGGCAAAGGAGAUUGUUGAAGCUGCCAAGGCCUCCAUGGGACAGGAUUUAUCCCCAGUGGACUUGAUUAAUGUCCAUCAAUUUGCACAGAGGGUAAUGGACCUAUCUGAGUAUAGGCGGAAGUUGUAUGAUUACCUGGUUUCUAAAAUGAAUGACAUUGCCCCAAAUUUGGCCUCUUUGAUUGGUGAAGUUGUUGGUGCACGAUUAAUAUCUCAUGCUGGUAGCCUCACAAAUUUAGCGAAGUGCCCAUCUUCAACCCUUCAAAUUCUUGGUGCAGAGAAAGCUUUGUUCAGGGCACUAAAAACUAGAGGAAAUACUCCCAAAUAUGGUCUGAUAUUCCACUCUUCAUUUAUUGGUCGAGCAUCUGCCAGAAAUAAGGGUCGAAUGGCUCGCUAUCUUGCAAACAAAUGUUCAAUUGCAUCACGGAUCGACUGCUUUUCUGAAAGGGGUACAACCGCUUUUGGGGAGAAACUUCGUGAACAAGUUGAGGAGCGACUUGACUUCUACGACAAGGGAGUUGCCCCUCGUAAAAACAUAGACGUCAUGAAGUCUGCCCUUGAAAGUGUAGUGAACAAAGAUACAGAAACGGAUACACAAGAAGUGCCAGUUGAAGCAUCAGGAAAGAAAGACAAGAAGAAGAAGAAGCAAAAAGCUGCUAAUGUAGAUGAAGCUGACGAAAUGGCUGUAGUAGAUAAAGCCCCAGAAACUACAAAUGGUGAUGCAGUGGAGGAUCAUAAAUCAGAAAAGAAGAAAAAGAAAGAAAAGAGGAAAUUGGAACAGGACAUGGAGCUUGACCAGGCCGUAGGUGAUAGUGCUGCCGGUGAUCAAGAUGGAACAGCUAAAAAGAAGAAGAAGAAGAAGACAAAGGAUAAGAGAGACGAUGAUGAUGGAGAAGUACCAGAGGCUGUUACUGAGACUAAGAAGAAGAAAAAGAAAUCAAAAAGUAAGGAUGCCGAAUAAGCUGAAAACUGUUUUUUAACUAUUGAAAGUCAAAUUUGUUCUGUUAAGUUUUUAACUUCAAACUCUUGCCGGGUGCUCCUGCACAUGUCUAGAUUAGUGUUGACUGCCUUUCAUCUAUUAUGCAAAAUUUUGCCCUACCAUGUGUCGUUAUAGUAAUUCGAAAAUCUUCUAUUACAUAA